AAGCUUUUUGACGCUCGGAAACAAUCGCUGGUGGGUUAAACUGACGCAAACAGGCAGCUAAUGUCCCAAUCUGAGUUUGGAUGCUCACAGAAGGCGAAAUAGACGUUAAUAGUGAACGGGUGUUCCCACCGUGCUUCGCAUGUGACCGGGCGGACAGGGGAGGGGUGGUGAGUCUCGUGGAGAGUACCGUGGGACGCAGACUCCUAGUACAGGCCGGGCAGCAGCAGCAGUAUCAGCGGUGGCCACACCAGGAAAAACAGUCGGUACGUUUAACUAGGCACCUCGACAGGAGGCAACCCGUUCCCCCUUGCUUCCUAGACAGCGUCGUCGGAGCAGCACCAGCACAAAAAUCUAUCCUCUGAUAUGCUGAUGUGAUUGCUUUGAGAGCUUGUGGAGCCAAGGAUAAUGUCAGUACAACAAGAAAAGAAGAUGAGCACCAAAAGGAAGGCAGAGAGCCACUCAAGGGCAGAAAACAGACCUUCCAUCAUGAAGUCUGGAGGCUCCCGAGCUGAUUCUGAGAGGGACUCUGGAUUCUCAGAUGCAAGCUCAGAGCACCUGAGCACCAUGGACACCACAGACAGUGAGCAGUCACCUCGCCCUGCAGGGGCACCAAAGUCUUCUGGCUCAGGGCAGCAGCCCUCUCAGCUGGCUGUGGUAGGAGGCUCCUACUCCAACCUCUCUCCAAUGAUCAUCAUGAACAAUGUUCUCCUUAAGCAGCCUGGAGAUAGUCCUCCUGCUCUGAAGCCCUGGGGCUACAGUCCUACAGUGGAAGUGGUUCAACCUGUGGUCCAGCAGCCUCAGGUUGUUUUCCUCCAGCCCGUCGUCUCUCGUCAGGCUUCACCUGCCUCCAAAGAGACCUCCUCUAGACAAAGACGUCCAAAGAAGUAUCUUCCAAUCCUGAAAUCCUACCCCAAGAUUGCUCCUCAUCCUGGAGACAGCUCCAGUUCCUCAGGGAGAGGAACUGCAUCUUCAUCUUCUUCCACUUCCUCCUCCUCCUCUUCCUCCUCUUACUCCUCCUCUUACUCCUCCUCUUCUUCAGGGUCAGAGAGGGGUAGCAGUUUGACCUCCCACCAAAGAGAGAAGCAGAAGAGAAGUCUGUGUGGUGGCACUGUGAAGUCUGGCUCAACCACUCCCAUUCUGCCUCUUACCCCCAGCACAGCUUCUCCUCUGCUUCAGAGCCGACUUUCUCUGCCCACAACAGAAACCAGCUCCAGCAGUAUUGCUGCCAAGGAGAGGCCUUCAUCAGCUGUCAGCCAGUCAGAGUCGACCCCCUCACUGUCUUGUACUCACACCACUAACUCCAAAAACCUGCCACUCCCUGUCCCUCAGGCAGUCACCCUACAGGACAGCUCACCAGCAGAGUUUAACCACAGCGACAGUGAUCCUGAUUCGAAGAGGAAGCGCUUCUGCAACACUUACAACAUCCUGAAUAAAUCUGGCUUACUAGACAUCACACUGCGCACCAAGGAGCUCCUCAGGCAGAACCGACGCACCCAAACUGACCUAGACCGGCUAAAAGAACAAACAGACCUCUUUCUACAGGCUCUGCACAGCGGUGACACCAGCAUUUGUGUUAAACUGCAGGCCAGCCUUCAGGAGGAAGACUUGGAAAAAGAAAAGGAGAGAGCUGCUCAGACCAGCUUAAGGGAAGAUUAGACCUAGGCUAGUACUAGAUGGCAAAUCCUUUAGACUGGGAUUGGGGAAAAGCAGGCCAGGUUGGGGGUUGGAGCGAAAAGAGACAGAUGGACUGAAAGUAAUGUGCUCCACAAUACACUCCCCUACCCCCCACCCCACUCCCAGACUAUUUCACGCAGUGUGCUGUGGCCUACAUUUUGGCUGCCGUCUGCCGUAGGGCCUUGACACACCAAGCCGACCUCAAAGAAUUAGAGUUGAUAGACUUGUCAUUGCUUCACGUCUUCUGUUGGAAAUUGCACUGUAACUCAUCAAUAGACUGUAUCGGCAGGCCAGUUGACUGCCAGCGUACAGCAUGUCCUGCACCUGCAUGAGAGGAAACGUUUGAGUCAGCAGUCUGGCUUUUGUAAUUCAGGGAACAUCUUGGAGAGGGAAGCAAAGCAAACUAUACUGCUGUUUUUAUGGCAGGUUUUUUAAAUGGUAACGUUUUAUACUUUGAUUAUGGACUGUGAAGACCAGUACUUCUCUCUUUAAAAAGUUGCAGUUGUAUUCUUGGCUUUGUCAGCCUGUGGUCUUAAACAUGGAUUUGAAAAACAAGGAGAAGCCAUGCUAAAUUAGUAAAAUUAUAUAUUUGCUUCACUGAACAGCCGGUCAGAGAGCUCUCUAAUUGUCUUCGCUGCAGAUUCAACAAGCUUAAUCGUCCAAACAACCGCAGAUAUCUGCUGACGUUUCCCAGAAGUGAAAGAUAUUGCAAAAACUUUGGGCAGCAGGCGGCUGCACGCACUGCCUGGUGGCCAACUGUUGGCUUGGUGUGUCUGGUCUUGAAGGUCAAACAAGGACAGAGUCGCAGCUCACUGUACUGCUGUGCUGAGCCUGACUCAAUCACUUCCACUGAAACUGCCUCUCUUCUGCACAGAAAUGUUUUGCUCAUUGGCAAUCAACACCCAAAAACCCUGAGAGAUUUGGAUCUAAGGCAUGAAGGGAUAAAUGUAUAUAUAUUUUAUUUUAUUUUAUUUUAUUUUAUUUUAUUUUUUACUGAAUGCACAAUACAGGCUCAAAAUCCAAAUGCUUGAUUAAAGCUUCAAGCAGGUAUUUCAUCUAAAACUCAUUACACAACGGU